UUAUUAUUAUUAUUAUAUAAAAAAGUGCCUUUUGAGAGAGAAGCAAGCUUUGAAAAAUAAUCCAAAUUAAACCCAGUUUACCAAUGCCUGUAUAAUUUCUUUAACAAAACCAUCUCCCAUCAAUCAUAAUUGAUAGGCACUCCUUCAAAUAUCUUUAAUCUAAGUACGCCUACUAGAUUGCUAAGAAACCAGACCAGCAAUGGCAGCUACUUUGUCUUCUCUGCUACCCUGUCUGACCCUGUUUACCCUUCUUUUGUUCCUCUCCUCCUGCCAUAACACAGCUCUAGCUCAGGACAACAUGAAAACAAACUUUUCUUGCUCAGAAGAUUCAAAUCAAUCAUGCCCAGCAUACGUUGCAUAUUUUGCCCGACCACUGGAAUUUAUGAACCUGAUAAACAUAUCUGAUCUGUUUGGUGUCAGUCCUAUAUCAAUUGCAAGGUCUAGUAACUUAGUUUCUGAGGAGAACCCUCUGGUUGCAGGUCAACUUCUACUGGUUCCUAUACUUUGCGGUUGUUCAGGAAACCAUUACUUUGCCAACAUCACUUACCAGAUCAAGAAAGAUGACACCUACUUCUUGGUUUCCACCACUUCCUUUGGAAAUCUCACAAAUUGGCAUGUAGUGGAAAAAAUGAAUCCUUCUUUCAAUGCAACCAGCCUGCAGAUCGGCGUUCAAGUGGUUUUCCCUGUGUUCUGUAAGUGCCCUUCUAAAACCCAGUUGAAGAAUGAAUCAAUUGAGUAUUUUAUUACAUAUGUUUGGCAACCCAACGAUGAUAUUAGCCAUGUGAGCACUAAGUUUAACGCAUCACAAGUUCAUAUCAGAGCUGAAAAUAGGUACGAAAACUUUAGUGAUGCAACAGAUUUUCCUAUUCUGGUCCCUGUUUCACAGUUGCCAAUCUUAUCCCAACCUGACCCUAUUCCUAAACAAAACAAAUUGAAGCACAAGUGCGUUAUUUCAGUUUUUGCAAGUGCAGUGUUCACUCUGUUGAUUUCCAUUUUCCUAUAUUCUUUUAUCUACACAUGUCAUUUGCGCAAGAAGAAGGGCUGUACUAGCUGCUCUCUGGAUUUGGUUCAAGCAAAAGAGCUUAAAAGAGGCAAGAUUAUACAGGAUAAGCUGCUGCCUGGAGUUUCUGGCUACCUAAGCAAGCCAAUUAUGUAUGAAACAAAAGCAAUUAUGGAGGCAACAUUUAAUUUUAAUGAUAACUGCAGGAUUGGAGGAUCAGUGUACAAGGCCACCAUUGAUGGGGAGAUCUUAGCAGUGAAGAAAGUAAACAAAGACGUGACAGAGGAACUGAGGAUUUUACAGAAAGUAAAUCAUGCCAAUCUGGUGAAGUUGAUGGGUAUUUCAUCUGACUAUCAUGGUCAUAUAUUGUUGGUUUAUGAAUAUGCUGAGAACGGAUCACUGGAUAAAUGGUUGCACUCCAAAUCUUCAUCAUCAUCUUCCUCUUCUUCAGAUCCUGUGAGUUUCCUCACAUGGAAUCAAAGAUUAAACAUAGCACUAGAUGUGGCCAGUGGGCUACAAUACAUGCAUGAUCAUAUUGAACCCAGCCUUUUUCACCGAGAUAUCAAUACAAGCAAUAUACUUCUGGACUCCAGGUUUAAGGCCAAGAUAUCUAACUUGUCAAUGGCUUGGCCGGCAACAAACUGCCUGCGGCGCAAAGUGGAUGUUUUCGCUUUCGGUAUUGUUUUGGUGGAGUUGCUUUCAGGAAAAAGGGCUAUUCAGACGAAAAACACAGGUGGGGUGGAACUGUUGUGGAAAGAUUUAAGAGUAAUCUUGGAAGUUGAAGAGAAGAGAGAAGAGAGACUAAGGAAUUGGAUGGAUCCAAACUUGGAGAGCUUUUAUCCUAUUGAUAGUGCUGUUAACUUGGCUGCAUUAGCUAAGGCGUGCACCUUGGACAGGGCUAUGGCAAGGCCAACUAUGGCAGAAAUUGUCUUCAACCUCUCACUUCUUGUUCAAGCAUCUUCUGAAACUUUUGAGGGAUCCUCCGUUACUGAUGCAGAAGAUCAUCAGUUGAUCAGUCGGGUAAAAGCUCGUUAAUAACUGAUGUGAUGGUAUAAUUUAUAGGCCAAAGCAGUAAGCAUGUCCCUUUUCUUACCAUUCAUAUGACAAAAUCUGUUAAAUUAAUAAAAAUACAUAUCUUAAUUGUUGUUCUUGGGUUCAAA